AUGGCCACCUCUCCCAGCGACGACACCACGGCUCCGCGGAGCAAACCGUGCACGCCUCCGAGCGCGCAUCCUGUGCAGGACAAGGAAAUCGGCACGCCGGUCCCGUCAUCGAGCAGCUCCAGUCCCGAAAAAGAGGAGGGGUCUAGACAGACAGUUGAUAUGGAAGGAGGUGAGCAAAAUGAGGAGGGCACUGCACCACAAGCUCCAGCGCUCGCCGUGCAAGAGGAGCCGAAGCCGCAGCGGAGCAAGCUCAAGAUUGCCCUUAUUAUGCUCUCGCUGGGCAUCGCUGUGCUGCUCGUGGCACUGGACAUCACCAUCGUAACGACCGCGCUCCCUACCAUCGCCGCAGACUUCCACUCCGCGUCCGGAUAUACUUGGGUCGGGUCCGCCUACCUGAUCGCAAACUCGGCAGCCACGCCAAUAUGGGGCAAAGUGUCAGACAUCUUUGGAAGGAAGCCAUGUCUGCUCAUCACGAACGCCAUUUUCUUCGUCGGCUCGCUGCUUGCUGCCGUCUCGGUCAACAUGAACAUGCUCAUCGCUGCCCGCGUUAUACAAGGCAUUGGAGGGGGAGGCCUCAUUGUCCUCGUCAAUAUCGCCAUCUCGGAUCUGUUUGCCAUGAGAGAAAGGGGAGCAUAUUUCGGCAUUAUUGGAGGCGUGUGGGCACUGGCGUCUUCCCUAGGUCCUGUUGUCGGAGGCGCCUUCACCCAAAAAGUUAGCUGGAGAUGGUGCUUUUAUCUCAACCUGCCGCUUGACGGAUUGGCCUUCGCCAUCAUCCUCUUCGUCCUGGACCUGCACACGCCCAAGACGCCCUUGCGGAAGGGACUCAAGGCGGUCGACUGGCUUGGCUCGCUCACUAUGGUAGGCGGCACCAUUAUGCUUCUCCUUGGUCUCGAGUUUGGCGGCGUUACUUUCCCGUGGAAAUCUGCAACCGUCAUCUGCCUCAUCGUCUUCGGCGUAGUCACCAUCGGCCUCUUCUUUCUUGUCGAGCACCGCCUCGCCCCAUAUCCUCUCAUGCCGCUUGAUCUCUUCUCAAAGCGGUCCAAUCUUGCGGCACUAGGAGUCUGUUUAUUCCACUCAUUUGUAUUCAUUUCGGGCUCCUACUUCUUACCACUCUACUUCCAAGCCGUACUUGGGGCUACACCGAUCCUCUCAGGGGUCUAUCUUCUACCCACCGCCUUGUCUCUUUCAUUCCUCUCUGCCUUCACUGGCAUCUUCAUUAGGAAGACCGGACAAUAUCUUCCUCCUAUCUGGUUCGGUAUGAUCUUCAUGACAAUCGGCUUCGGAUUACUCAUUGAUCUCGGGCCCAAUUCGUCUUGGGCAAAGAUUAUCAUUUAUCAAAUUAUCGCGGGCAUCGGCGUUGGACCGAACUUUCAGUCACCGCUCAUUGCCCUACAGAGUCUCGUUCCGAAACGCGACAUUGCCACGGCCACAGCCACGUUCGGCUUCGUACGCAACCUUGGUUCAGCGAUAUCCAUCGUCAUAGGCUCCGUCGUCUUUCAGAACGAAAUGGCUUCCAAGCAGCCCAUGUUACAGGCAAGCCUCGGAUCCCAGACUGCUGCCGCCUUCGGAGGCGGCUCCGCCGGCGCCAACGUUCGGCUCAUUCAAUCCCUGCCCGAUAACGAGAGAGCGGUGGCACGCCAAGCAUUUUCAGAUUCUUUGAGCACGAUGUGGAUCAUCUACGUGGCGUUCGCGGCCGUGGGUCUAGCAGUGAGCUUCCUAAUUACACGGAACGUGCUCAACAAGCACCACGAGGAAACUAAGACGGGCCUGGAUGUGGAGAAGCAGAAGAGGGUAGAAAGGGAGGCUGAGAGGGCGGAAAAGAAAAGGAAGAGAGCGAGCAAGGGAGAUUUGCCUGCGGAUGUCGAAGCAGCUGCGAAUGGCGCCACCGCAGAGCGGGAAAAGGAGACGAGUGCAUAACAAGUGUACGGAAAUGUAAUGGGGAUGUAAAAUUAUGUGGUGGCGAAUCUGCUUGGCGUAUUCAUAUCUAGCAGAAUCAUCAUAUAUAGAUGUAAAAGUAGUUCUAUAGCAAAAUAAUUCCUGUCUACCUACAGUCUAGUGAAAUUCUGGGCAACCCCCAACUAGCGGGUGAAUGGCCCAGAACGCCAUGAAAUAACCACUCCACACGUGGACGUUCGCAACCCAAGCCAGUGACGGUCGAACUGUGCAUACG